AUGGCUAAGCGGAUGCAGCUGGAGAACGAGACACUGCAGGGCAUCAACGAUCAGCUGACCGGCGAGAUCGAGGCUCAUCGGGCAGCUGUCUUUCGGCUCGAGGCGCACGUGCGCUCGCUCCAGAGCGCGCUUCGUGACGCCGGCUCACCGCACCGGGUCCAAAUUGGCAGUGAAAGUGGCUACGAGGCUUCGAUGGCGCCUGCGUCUGCAGACAUGGGCGAGACCAGGCGGCCAAGCGAGAUGCCGGGAGGCGGAGCGAGAGCUGGCGACUCGACAGUGCACGCUGAGUGCACGCCGAGUACGCCGCUGGACGAGUACCUCGCACGCCGGGUACAAAACGCAUACGAGCAUCAUCAGCUGGCUCAGGCUCAGGCGGCAGCAGUGGCAGCAGCCGAUGAGCUAGCCGGCGUCAAGGCCAAACGCGAUGCGCUUGCCGCCGAAGUCAACGCCGCCCGUGGCAACGUCGCCGGCAUGGCUGCGCUCAAGGAUGAGCUCGCUACCGCGACAGCCGAGCGCAACGCCCUUGUUGCUGCCGUCGCCGAGUACGAAUCCGCGCUUGCCGAACUCCGCGACGACCGCGACAACCUUGAGUCCACGCUAGAUGCGGUCGAGGAGCGGAUGUGCAGCGAAGCCAGCGACGCCCGCGCCGGCGCCGCCCAAGUCAACGACGUCACCGCCGUUCUGCGCCAGGCCUCGGCUCAGGUCGCCACCGCCGCCGAGCUCAACGACACCAUCGCCUGGAUGCAGGACACGCUCGAGGAGCUGAUGGAAACCAACUCCCGUCUCAGCCGUGACAAGGAUGGCGUCUACGACGACAACGCCGUCCUCGCCCGCGAGAACGCCACCCUCCGCGAUCUCAUGGCCUCGGUCAUGGACACACUCCUCGCCGUCGCAGCUCGCCGCAACAAGGACAAGAAGCGUGCCGCCCGCACCGCGCAUCGCCUCGCCGCAGAGCGCGACGACGCCAUCAUCGUCGCCAAACGCCACGCCGCCACCGUUCUCACCGAGCGUCGUCGCGCUGCCGACACCGCCGCAGAUCUCGCCCUUGUCCAGGCAAAGCUCGACAACGCCAACAAGGCAACCACGACCUUGUGUCUCGAUCGACAUGAUGUAGGCAAUGACCUCUCCAAAGAGGCCUUCGGUAUGCACGGACGGGUCCUCAUUUCAAUGAAGAACUGA